AUGUCUUCCGGUUACGUUGCUGAAGUCGCGCAAAAGGGUUUUGGAGAGGGGACAAACGAGUUGUACGACAAAGCUCGUCCAAGCUACUCACAUCAAGUGAUCUCUUACAUCCGAGAGUGCAUCACCAAUCCCGAACCAUUCACUAUUGUCGAAAUCGGUUCCGGGACAGGCCUAUUCACCCGAUCCCUUCUCUCUCAUGGAGCCUUUUCUUCCUCCGUCAAAGAAUUGAAAGCAGUCGAGCCCAGCGCGGGCAUGCGCAACUUCUUCGUGAAGUCGACCGUCGAGACGGAUCCUGGGAAGCGAGUGAGUGUGCAGGAGGGAACUUUCGAUAAUACGGGGAUUGAGGAUGGGGCUGCGGAUUUGAUAGUCAUGGCUCAGGCUUUCCAUUGGUGCGCGAAUGCUAUACAUGAAGCCACGGCAAAGGAGUUCGCUAGGAUAUUAAAGCCGGGUGGGAUAGUGGUUAUGGUCUGGAACAGAGAGGACUCAGACACCGCCGCUUGGGUCGCCCAAAUCCGUGAUCUCGUAGAUAGCCACGCCACUCAAGACCAAAUGACAUCGCGCUCUGGCAACUGGAAAACCUUCUUCACCACGCCGACGUACUCCCAACUCUUCGAAUCCCCCAUCGACAAGGAAGGAUGGCCAUUCAGCCUUCCUGCGACGGUAGGACUUGCGAUUGAGCGAGCGAUGAGCAAGAGUCCGUUAGCUGUACAGAGUGACGAGGGUAAGAAGAAGGCGGAAGACAUCUUAAAGGAGAUUCUGAAGAGAGGGGAUGGCCUGAAGUGGAGCGACGAGGAGAUGGGGGUGUUUGAGUAUCCGUACAGAACUGAAGUUGUAGUUCUGAGGCAGAAAGAGCGUACAUCGUAA